AAUGGAAUGUUGGCAGUUAAUUUGAACAAUUAAUGGAAUCAUCCGUCUAAAACAGGCUGGCUAGCUAGAUAAAAGACAGUGCAGAUAAAUUCUCCUAAUAAAUUAUUUUACACAAUGUCUUAUCACAGCACUGGCAAACCAUGGUUGGCAACUCCCUGAACGUAAUGGCCGACUUUUAUCCUAUCAUAAGAAGGUUCAGGUCCAUAUCAUGUCUAGUAUUCAAAUUCAUAAUUAUAUAAGUCCCUAUCCUCUCAAGAUAGAGACUUGUUUCAAUGUCAAAGAUCAUAAUAGGAUUCGCAUUUGUCACAAAUAUAACUACUGGGUCAGUGUGUCCCUAAAAGUCCUUUUAAUCAUUGCUGUUUUUUGUAUUUGUAUGUACAAUGGUAAGACAACCAUUGGAUUUAGAACAGAGCUGUAACUUGUAUAGAGUCAUCUGCUGAGUACAAGACUUCAGUGAAACCCUGUCAUCCAGAAUGAUGCACCAAGAGCAGUAAUGUGGUGACAGAUUGAUGACUAACCAUGCCAAUAAAAUCUCGGUCUAUAAAAACCUUAAUCUGCCUUAGCUAAGCCACAGACUGCAUGUGUAGACUACAAUUGCCACUGCAUUGUGGAGGAAAAAUUUGAUGCUGGAUCGAUUGGCGUGUACAGUAGGUAAUCUGACAUUUUUUCAAUGUUAUCUAUAAUUUCACAGACAAUCAUCAAUGCUUCUUGUUGUAAUCAAUAGACUUUACACCACAUUGAUUCAUUUUUUGGUAUCACUCCAGGCUGUAAUGUGUCCAGUAAUGAUUUCCAUUCUCAUUUGCAGACUACUUCCCGGGGAUAAAUUGCAGGGCCUUUUGAGCAAAUCAUCUACGAUGGAAAUUGUAACUCUUGUUCUGUCUCUGCUGCUUACCAAUGGAAUGGUUUUAAUCAGUGCAGCGACCAAUGAUCAGAAUCCACAAGCAGCUCCUACUAUUGAACUCUUUGCAACUGCCUCUUCGGAUGCUGUAGAGCUUACAGAGGACCACAAAUCCAAUGGUUCUGUUCCCUUGUUCAAAACAGCAGGACGAAACACCCGACCCCAUCCCAUGUGCUUAGUGUCGACUGGAAUCAGAGACACUUUCAAAUACAUCAGUACUGUGGUGUCUGUUCUUGUAUUCAUCGUUGGACUAGUUGGAAAUUCAACACUCUUGAGAAUCAUAUAUGAAAACAAAUGUAUGAGAAGUGGACCUAACAUUCUCAUUGCCAACCUUGCUUUGGGAGACCUGCUCCAUAUUGUGAUAGAUAUUCCAGUCAAUGCUUACAGGCUCAUGGCUCAGGACUGGCCGUUUGGUUUGGCGCUCUGUAAACUAAUCCCUUUCAUCCAGAAAACCUCUGUUGGAAUCACAGUGUUGAGUUUAUGUGCCUUGAGCAUUGACAGGUAUCAAGCUGUUGCAUCCUGGAAUCGAAUCAAAGGCAUUGGGGUUUCAACCUGGACAGUAGUGGAAAUAACUUUGAUAUGGGUGAUAUCAACAUUCCUGGCUGUGCCUGAAGUUGUCGGCUUUGAUAUCAUAACGAUGGAGUAUAAAGGACAGCAUCUGACAGUAUGUCUGCUUCACCCCAUACAGACCAAUCAGUUCAUGCAGUUUUAUAAAUCAGCAAAAGACUGGUGGCUCUUCGGUUUCUACUUCUGCACGCCGCUGGCUUGCACGGCUUUCUUCUACACCCUAAUGGCCCGGAAAAUGUUGAGGAAGAAUGAGAAUACCCUGGGGAACUACAUCGUACAGAGACGAGAAGUGGCCAAGACGGUGUUUUGCUUAGUGUUUGUGUUUGCUCUCUGUUGGUUACCACUGUACCUGAGCAGAAUCUUAAAACUCACCAUUUAUGACGAGAAGGAUUCUAAAAGGUGUCAGCUACUGAGUGUUUUUCUUGUCCUGGACUAUAUUGGCAUUAAUAUGGCAUCGCUGAACUCCUGCAUCAACCCCAUCGCUCUGUACAUGGUCAGCAAACGAUUCAAAACAUGUUUCAAGAAACGCCUAUGUGGUUGGUGCAUACAUCCUGAAGUAUUGAUGCUUGAAGAGGUGCCGUCUAUCUUGAAGUCAAAGAAGCAGGACCAGGCCUCUAAGCAAAGCAACAUUAGAGCUAAUAAGCCCACCUCCACUUGAGUAAGAUGACACUUGACUGUGUAAACAAUAUAUUACUAUGAUAUAUGCACAGAUAUAAAAAAAAUAUAAUAAUAAAUGCUCAGUUGUAGUGUGUCUAUGGAUGUUUCCCUGUAAUAAUUAACUCAUUUUUAAUUAAUGUAAUUUCAGUGUGAGGGUCUAUACAUGACCUAUAGUCUUAGGCUCUGCCUCAAUGUCUUUAUUGGUUCUGUAGACUCUGACUCAAUAGACAAUGUAAUGUACCGUCAUUAGUGUUAUAGAGUUGCUUAGUAACAAAUCCUGUGGCAUUGUCUGUUGUGAGCUUGUUAUCAGUAGAACAUCUGCUUAUGAUAUGACACACUCAGACAAAGAGAGUCAGACAGUUCUGACUCUGUUCCCUCGGGCCUUGAAUCACUCCCAACUACGUACGUCAUGUUUCACCUAUAUCAUACACACUGUAAGUUUAUAUGCCCUGGCCCGUAACAUGUUUACCUGGAAAACUUUGCCUCUAGGCACUUAGUCUUGACACAUAUCCAGCAUUACACGCUCUUACCACCUGUAAAGAGAUUACCCAAUUACAUAGAAAUACUGCUUGUUUUUUUUUAAAGAAAUUUAAUGAGAAUUUAAAAAAAGCUUAUAACCAAAUUAGUUCUCCUAUUCAAUAUCAAAACUGUGUCAGAGAGGGCAUGACAAAUUAUUAGGACACAAAUGUAUAUUUCCGUCUCUCUGAGAGAAAGCCGUCCCCUCACAUGUUGCUCCUUUAGUUCCUAAACCUAUCGCAUCCAAGACACCAGUGGAUUCUGCCUUCACUGCUGAAUGACUGAUUGAUGGUGGCCUAUUUGUAACGCAUUGUUAGAUGUGUAAUGAAUGGAGACACUUUAUAAAAGACCUGCGAGUGGAAAAUAAGGAAACGGAGAUGACAGAAUGGGGUCAGAAGGAGGGGUGAGGGAAGAGUUGAGCACCUGAUGGGUCCUGUCACAGGACAAGGCAAGCACAGAUAGGAAGUAUUUCUUCCAUCCAAUAUCUUAUCAAUCUAGUGAACUAUUUUAGGUAGGAAUUAUAUUCCACCUCGUAGCGUAGAGAGGGAAGCCUUCUAGAGAGGGAAGCCUUCUAGAGAGGGAAGCUGACUUUCAACCUGUUAUGAAAAUAUAGUAAUUCGUUGUCAGGGCCAGAUCAUUUUAAUGGAAUAUAAUAAUGCUCCGUACGAUAGUUUCUGUACUGUAACUACCUGACUGUAUGUACAGUAUGGGAAUUAUUUAUAAGGAUGUCAAUUAAUUGCAUUUUCCUUUAUGUUUUUUGGAGAUAUGAUGAUUUAUACCCAGACAUAUUAAACAGCAUCCAUGAAUCAAAUAACGGCUAACAAAUUUGAUUUAUGUAAGAUAUUGCUAGAAGUCACUCUUAUGGUCCCAUACAGUUUCUUGUUUUUUGUUCUUUAGAUCUUUUAAUGAACGUAAACGUCAAACACAUUCCUAUUUAUACAUUACGUUGUUAUCACCUUUUUAUCCUUCUUCAUAAGUGUCAGAACACAACAUAGUUUCCUCCUUUGUCUCUCGUCUCUGCCCAUUUUCAACAUAUCCACCACUGACAGACUGAACUGAAUCAAUCUCAACACAGGGACUAACAAAAUCCCCGUUGAAAUAGAAAACAGAUCAAUUCUCACCAAACAUCAGUAUGAAAAGUCUUAUUCAUAAUCUCCUAAAUGAUAUCAUCAUUAUGCAAUUACAGGCUCAUUUGAACAUCCUAUUCAAUCUAUGCAUUACAUUCAUGAUUAACAUAUUGUGUGU